AAAUCAGCUCCCUUGAUUAUACACGACCAAAAGGACAAAAAGAAAAGCGAUAUUGGUGCCGUGGCGAGUGGUGUAGCCGUCUAGGGCAGAGGUGAGUCGGUCGGUCAGUCAGUGUUCCCGCCCAAACUCAGGGUUUCGACAAAGAAGAAGGGAAAAAAAAUGUCUGAUGAUGCGAAAAUGAUUAAAGUAGAAGAAGAAAUUGAAGGAGAGCGUGUGGAGUCGAACGACUACAUUUUCGAAAGGAUCGGCGAACCCGUCCCAAUUCAGCAUGAUGAAUCCUGUUUCGAUCCCCAAGGCAGUCCCUCCCGGCCCCUCGCCGUCUCCGAGAAACACGGCCUCGUGUUUGUUGCUCAUUCCUCUGGGUUUUGCGUUGCGAGGACCAAAGAUGUUAUGGCUUCAGCUGCUGAGAUUAAGGAAAGGGGAAGCUCUUCUUCUAUACAGGAGCUAAGUGUUGUGGAUGUUCCCCUUCCCAAACUCAACAUUCUCGAACUCUCUACCGAUAGUUCUACUCUUGCCGCUACUGCUGAUGCGAACAUUCACUUCUUCUCUGUUGAUUCCCUUCUCGAUAAGGGUCUAAAACCAUCUUUCUCUUGUUCGCUCAAUGAAUCCAGCUCUAUCAAGGAUAUGCAGUGGACAAGGAAACCUGAAAACUUUUAUGUGGUUCUUUCAAAUCUUGGGAAGCUAUAUCAUGGAACAGUUGGUGGCCCUAUGAAAGAUGUGAUGGACAAUGUUGAUGCUGUUGGAUGGAGUUUAAAAGGAAAACUAAUUGCUGUGGCAAGAAGGGAUAUUCUUAGCAUUCUAUCAUCUAACUUCAAGGAGAGGUCGUCAAUGUUAAUUUCGUUCAAGUCUUGGACUGAUGAUUCCAAUGCGAACUGCAGUAUAAAAGUGGACUCUAUCAGGUGGGUUCGUCAUGAUAGCAUCAUUCUAGGAUGCUUUCAACUUACUGCAGAUGGAAAUGAAGAAAGUUACCUUGUCCAAGUGAUAAAAAUAAAAGAUGGCAAGUUUGCUGAUGGUUCUUGCAAGCCAGUUCUGAUACCUUUCUAUGAUUUGUUUUCGGGACUCAUUGACGACAUUCUGCCUUCUGCUAGUGGCCCAUAUUUGUUAUUGAGCUAUUUGGAGCAAUGUGAACUUGCAAUUACUGCUAACAGGAAGAACGUGGAUCAACAUAUUGUGUAUCUUAGCUGGUCGCUUGGAAAUGAGAAGAAUGAAGUUGUAGUUGUUGAUAUUUUCCGAGAUAGUUUGCUACCAAGGAUUGAGCUUCAAGAAAAUGAUGAUGAUAAUUUGAUACUGGGGCUCUGCGUAGAUAAAAUUUCAAAAAGUGAGAAAAUUAGUGUCCGACUUGGAGAGGAACAGAGAGAACUCUCGCCAUAUUGCAUUCUUAUGUGUCUCACGCUUGAGGGAAAACUAAUAAUGUUCCAUGUUGCCAGUGUCAGUGGAAUUACAGUUUCACCUGCUAUUGUUUCUGCUCUUUCUGACGAGGAAGAGGAGGAAGAGGAUUCCACUGCUUUGGUACUGGUAGAAAGUAAGUCAUCUAAACGUUCUUCCUGGCUGGGGAAGGAACAACUUGAAAAGGUUUCUAUGGAUGCUUCAUUGGGUAUUGAGAAAAGAAAAGAACUUGACAGAAAUGUAGGCCUUGAUUUUCGUAUAAAAGAUGACAUAAAGUCUCUUGAUGUAAAUGAGACUUUGACGUCUGAGUUUGUUACUAAUCAAACAAUUAAUAAAGAAAGUACCAACAGUAACAAGAAAGCGGAGCCACUGACAAAUUCUCAAUCGUUUGAAGCUGAUGGGCAGCAAGAAGUCAUUGUCCCAAAACGCUCCCCGGACAAAAAUGGGAACCAAUUACAGUUUCCGGGACUGGAAAACAGAAAUAUGGGGCCAGCAUCUACUAAUGCUUCUCUCCAAGGGGUGCCUGAUCAUGCGUUCAGGGACUUAAUCAAGACAGAAACUCAAAAAAUUGCUGGAUUUGGAACUGCUGUAAAAUCCACUUUAAAGGAUACUCAUAAAAGUUUUGAGACAGCGGCAGGAUCUCCAGGAAAAAUGGAGUCAAUGGGUUUAGAGGGUGUUUCAUCUCAGUCCUGGUCAAGUGGAAAGAUCAUAUCAUCAAAGGACACUGGUGUGAAAUCUCUACUUAUGCCUUCAAAUAUUAUUGAAGGCAGCAGAUCUGGAAAUGCUAAUCAAAUUGUUGCUCCUACAGAUGCUUAUGGGAAACCUUCUGGAAAACCGCUUCAUUUCAAGGAUAUUUCUGCUUCAUCAACUUCAGUCAACUUUUCUGAUAGGCUGACGGAGAAUGGGGGACAAAGGCCAUCAGCUGCGGCUGGAAAUAUAGUAUCACUGCCUUCCAUUUCUAGCUCCCUAAUGUCAUCACAGGAAAGUUUUUCCGUCGGAAAGUCUCCCACCUACAACAUUUAUCCAUCCAAGGAAAGUUAUAGUGAUCUACCCCCGUCGAGGAGGCUGAACUCUGAACCAAAUUUAUCAAAACAAUUUGGAAAUAUCAAAGAGAUGACCAAGGAGUUGGAUAUGCUUCUACAAUCUAUAGAAGAACCAGGUGGUUUCAAGGAUGCCUGCACUGUUAAUCAGAAAAGGUCCGUUGAAGAAUUGGAGAGAGGCAUAGGGACUCUAUCUGACAGAUGCAGAAAGUGGAAGAGCAUUAUGGAUGAACGACUUAAAGAAAUUGAACAUCUUCUUGACAUAACUGUACAAGUAUUGGCAAGGAAAAUAUACAUGGAGGGAAUUGUGAAGCAAGCUUCUGAUAGCCGAUAUUGGGACUUCUGGAAUUGUCAGAAGUUGAGUUCAGAACUUGAGCUGAAGCGGCGACAUAUUUUAAAAAUGAACCAGGAUUUGACUGACCAAUUAAUUCAAUUGGAAAGGCAUUUUAAUGGCCUUGAACUUAAUAAAUUUGGUGAAAAUGCUGGAGCUCAUGCUGGUCGAAGAGCUUUGCAGAGUCGAUUUGGGCCUUCAAGACACAUUCAAUCCUUGCAUAGUUUAUAUAGCACAAUGACGUCUCAAUUAGCUGCUGCUGACCAUCUUUCUGAGUGCCUCUCGAAACAAAUGGCAGCACUGAAGAUAGAGUCACCUUCCGUAAAAAAACAGAACGUAAAAAAAGAGUUGUUUGAAACAAUAGGGAUUCCAUAUGAUGCCUCUUUCAGCUCCCCUUCCCCAGGUGCUACAAAAGUUGGUGGUACGCCGAAUGAGAAACUAUCAUUUUCUUUGGGUUCUACUGCUUCUAAAGAUCAGCCCAGGAGAAAUGUGAAUGCCAUAAAGAAUUACGAACCAGAAACUGCAAGGAGGAGGAGAGACUCACUGGACAGGAGCUGGGAAGAUUAUGAGCCUACAAAAGCAACUGUGAAAAGGUUGCUUUUGCAAGAAAGUGGCAAGGAAAGCACGAGUAGAUCAUCCUUUCCCGUUGAUAAGCAACACUUUAGCCCUCACCUGCUGGAUGGAUCAGCUAUUACUCGCCCAAGGGAUCACAUAAGCCCUGCAACCUUCUUGCAUCCAUCUGAAAACAAAGCAGGCAUUCAGGGUACGCAUAUGAAGCAGCCUUUUCAGAGCUCAGCAACUCCAUUUGGUUGGGCUAAUGAACUUCCAGGACCAUUACAACCUACUGGGCUGACGUUUCCUAUAAUGCAAGAACACAAAAUGUCAUCAGCAUCCCAAUUGUUGCCUGCAGGUCGGCAAAGUUUUGCAAGGGAACCUAAUAUGACAGCAGAAAAAUUUGGCAAUGGCAUUCCAUAUAUUGAGAAGUCCGAGUCAGAUUCAGUGAAAGAAAAGUCUGUCGUGCAAUCAGACACUAGUCAGAAACCAUCCGUUUCUUUGGUUCCUACACAGACACCGUCAUUGCUGAAGAAACCAAAUGAUAUGCUAAAUUCAUUUGCCAAAGGUACGCUUCCAAAACAAGAGAGUGUGAAGGACAGGCCGUUGACCGCAACAGUUCCAUCUAUUGAAGCUGGGAAAAAACUGAAUUUUUCAUUGUCUUCCUCACUUGCUGUUCCUGUGGCCAUUAGCCAGCCUGGAAAGGUUGACCAGCGUGAUGCUGCAACAAGCAAAAGCCAGCCUGGUAAAAUUUUACCUUCUCCCACUUUCUCAAUGUCAGUUUCGACACCCUUAUCUCCAGUAUUUAGUUCAUCAUCAGCACCUCUAUCUCCGUUAUCAAUUUCACCAUCAGUCGUGAUGCCUUCAAACAGAUCUUUGGAUAGUUCUAACACUAAUGCAGAUGUGAGUAAGCCUGUAUCAACAUCGUCAUUGUCAUCUUUUCUCCCUCCAAUUGUUUCUCCUCCUAGUUUUUUCUCUUUUGAUGCUUCCAAACCACUGGUGUCCUCAUCUGCCCCAUCACCUGUGACAAAUUCAACAUCAGAGUCUACUAAAACAGAGAUCCAACAUUCUUUAAAAACAGACACGAAUGCUAAUACUAUAUUGCCACCUCAGGAAUGUGGGCCUUCCACAGUUGAAACUAAUUUGAAGAUUAAACCUUCAGUAUCAUCUCCCCUCACAAUUGAAACUUCAACAGGACUGGCAUCUGGGAGCCAGGCCAGUUCGAACAAUACUGCAGGUCCAACGAAUAAUGUGAGAAUGAAUGCCGAGCAAGAAAAGCCAUCUGCCGGACAUUCUCCAUUCCCAACACUCCCAACUUCAGGGAGUGUUACUGGUGGAAGGACUGAUGGGUUGGAUGUACAAAAUGCACAGGAGGAUGACAUGGAUGAGGAGGCUCCAGACACAAGCAGCACAACUGAACUUAGUUUGGGAAGCCUUGGUGGGUUUGGGCUUGGCUCUGCCCCUAACCCAACAGCUCCUAAACCUAAUCCAUUUGGUGGAUCAUUUGGCAAUGCAGGAACAAAUGUGACUUCUUCUUUCUCCAUGACUGUCCCUAGUGGUGAGCUGUUUCGGCCUGCAUCUUUUAACAUCCAAUCUCUACAGCCUUCUCAAUCAUCUCAGCCAGCAAAUUCCGGUGGGUUUGCUGGUGGCUUUGGCACUGGUACUACUGCCCAAGCUCCCAGUCCGAGUAAGUUUGGCCAACCAGUACAGGUUGGACCAGGGCAGCAAGCAUUAGGGUCAGUUCUUGGUACUUUUGGACAGUCGAGACAGCUUGGUACUAGUCUACCAGGAACCAGUUUUGGAUCACCCGGUGGUUUUGGUGGUGGCAUUGCUGGAACUAAUCCCACUGGUGGCUUCUCAAGUGCUGCUACUGGAGGGUUUGCUGGUGCUGCUACUGCGGGUGGCGGGUUUGCCAGUUUGGCUUCAGGUGGUGGUGGGUUUGCCAGUGCAGGUUCAGGCGGUGGUGGGUUUGCCGGUGCAGGUUCAGGUGGAGGGGGUUUCGUUGGUGCAGCUUCAGCUGGUAGUGGUUUUACAGGAGCUGCUUCUAGUGGUUUACUUCCUGUGGCUGGUGGUGGAUUUGCGGCAUUCGGUGGUCAACAAGGAUCUGGUGGUUUCUCUGGUUUUGGUAGUGCAGGAGGAACUGGAAAGCCUCCGGAGUUGUUCACACAGAUGAGGAAGUAACCAUUAGAAAGUUCUGGACAAAAUCUGAGACUGAUGUAUUUUGUUGAUAAAAAUUGAACUUGGUGAAGGGCUACAUGUUGAAAAUCAUAUGAACUUUAAUUGAGAAACUUGUUUUGGGUUAUGGGUUACGCCAGCUUCCCGUUG